AUGAUAAGUGGUCGUUGCGCAGCUUGCAAAUAUUUGAGGAGAGGAUGUGCUUCAGAUUGCAUAUUUUCUCUUUACUUUCCAUCGAAUGACCCACAAAGAUUUACUUAUGUUCAUAAAAUCUAUGGUGCUAGCAAUGUUGCAAAACUACUUCAGCAAGUCCCCGCUUAUCUACGAGAUUCAGCAGCAGAUUCUAUGUAUCAUGAAGCGCAGUGCAGAAUUGAAGACCCAGUGUAUGGUUGUGUGGGAGUAAUCUCCCAAUUAUAUCAACAAAUAUAUAAUGCAGAAAAUGAGUUGGCUAAAACUAGAGCUGAAAUUGCAAUUUAUGCUUCUCUUGCUCAUCAACAAUUUCAAAUCUAA